AUGGAGGAUCGUAACUGCAACGAUGUCUCAGAAGGUGACAACCUCUCGGCCGCCAGUCUUGUCUCUUCUGCGUCUGACGGAGAAGACGAUCUUGAGCACCCUCGAGAUCCGGCUCCCGAUAACGCAGAGACGUGGGCCGCGAUGACCGACGUCGCCCUUCGUCACAUCUACCGAGUACGAACACCUUAUACACACCCGCAAGAUUUGGAGAGCGCUGAGCUCAAAUGGCCCGAGGGUCUAUCCCGCUCCGAUGCUGCCGGGUCCGAUCCGCCUGUCUCAAUACGCCGUGUCGUUCUGGUCAACGAGGAUGAACACAUUCCGAGGCACUCUCGCCACCCAGUUUCGGCACCUUACAUCCUGCAAGCGAUCUCCGAGUUCUAUCCUGCUCUUGUCGAGCGCCCGUCUCGAGUGUAUACCCUCUAUUCGCGCUGGUGGAGGUGUCCUCACACUCAAUGCUCUUAUUCCGAAGAUCUCGUCAGCUUAUCUCCUGCGGCAGGAGAAGCUGUCUGUCAGAUAGCAGCAGCCGCAUCUGAGUCCAACUUUCUCGCAGACGAUGUUGCUUCCGAGUUUGUGAGCCUCGUCGACGGGCGGUACCGUGCGCGUCGCGAGUUCGUCCAAAACGUUGUGGACAUUAUAGGCCUGCGCCACUACGAAUCCCACUUGCGCGACAUAGGCUUACGCUGUUGGAUCCGCGGUCAGGCCCCCGAUGGUCUCAUCUCCUUCAUGUGGGAGCCUAUCAAUCUUGCCCGAAUCUUACGGUCAAAUUCGAUCGACGGUGUGCGGGCGCGCCGACAUGAAGAAUCCGCGCGUCAGUGCCUCCAGCUCGCGCUGUCUGUACAAGCUCGCAGAUGGGCCCACGAGACGCGCUUCUGGGAGUACGGGGGCCUGACCGUAUAUCGAAAUCAUGUUCGCAGUAUGCAGCACGAUUUCGUCAGGACGCUUACGCUGCCCCUUGUACAAAUCGACCUGGAGGGUAGCUUCAGCAGACUUCGCGCGUUGAGCCCGCACCAAUCAUCUUCCAUUGUGGCCGCGGGUCGAAUGCUCCAUGAAGAGAUCUACGAUUCUAUGAGCGACCGUCAACUCGAGUAUGAGGCGCUCACACGUCGGUUGGCGCUUGCGGAGGAAGAGAUAGAGAACUGGGAGCACGGCAACGGAUGGCUUCGAACGCAGAAUCGUGGUGACGACCCAACGCUCUACCCUGCCCUCGAAUUUACGAUGUAG